UCUCUAUCUCUCUCUAUGAAAUUUUUUUUUUUUCACGAAAAAAAAAACAAACACUUCUCUUUCACACUACAUAACAUAUCUCUGUUUUCUAUAUAUAUAGAUCUCAACAUCUCUUCUGGUUUCAUUUCACACUUCCAUUCUCCAUUGACGAAACAUCAGAAUACAGAGAAAGAAAGGGAAGAAAAGGGAGAAUCUGAAAUUUUGAGACGGAUAAGAAAUGGGUUUAAUUCCUCAUGAUCUGAGCUUGGAUUUUAGGCCUACUUAUGUACCCAAAACGAUCAGUGAUUUCCUCAAGGAGGUUUCGAUGAUCGGUGAUGUUUCCGAUAAGGUCUCCAAACUUGACGGUUUUGUUAAGAGAUUGGAAGAGGAAAUGAGCAAGAUCGAUGCGUUUAAGCGCGAGCUCCCUCUUUGCAUGCUUCUCUUGAAUGAUGCAAUUCUACUUUUGAAGGCAGAGUCAAUACAAUGUGCGGCAUCAAAUAAUCCACCAGUUUUAGAAGAAUUCAUCCCAUUGAAGAAAAACUGUCAUGAUGAACAAGAUGGUCGAAUCAAAAAGGAAAAAGACGCCAAAGAUAAGAAAAAUUGGAUGAGCUCCGUUCAGUUAUGGAACACUAAUGAUUAUCCCUCUACUGAUUACAUCUUUGAUCAAAAACAAAAUCUCAAACUAGAAUCUAAGACAACUAAGAAAGGAAAUCAAUAUGCAAACGAGGAUACAUUCCAGGCCUGCAAAAGCAGGAGUGCAGCAAGAGCAUUUAUGCCAUUUAAGACCUACUCUGUUUUAACAAGGAAUGAGGAUAAUAAUACUAGCGAGGAAUUGCCAGUUCCUGGUCUCUCUCUUUUAACUCCUGGAAUCAAGAACUUCAGGGAAGAAUCUGGUUCUACAGGUUCAAGAAUCAGUUGCAGUAGAGCAGUUUCAUCUUCUGCCCCUAAUCCUCAUUCAAAUUUACGAAAUGGUCCACAACCACCUCAGCAACAGACUGCUAGGAAGCAGAGGAGGUGUUGGUCCCCCGAGUUGCACCGGCGGUUUGUCAAUGCUCUACAACAACUUGGAGGCUCUCAAGCUGCAACUCCAAAGCAGAUUAGAGAACUAAUGCAAGUUGAUGGCUUGACUAAUGAUGAAGUGAAGAGUCAUUUGCAAAAAUACCGACUUCAUACACGAAGAGUGCCAACAGCUACAGCUACUUCUGCAAAACAAUCUGUUGUUGUUUUGGGCGGUUUGUGGAUGUCCAAAGAUCAGUAUGGUGACUCGUUGAAAACUACCAGUUCCCAAUCUGGCUCUCCUCAAGGUCCCCUGCAGUUUGCAGGAAACACUGGAGGGACCUCAACUACAGGAGGUGAUAGCAUGGAAGAUGAUGAGGAUGCUAAAUCUGAGGGCUAUAGCUGGAAGAGUCAUGUUUACAGGUCAGGGAAAGACGAUGUAUAAAGUGUAUCCACCAUGAAUUUUGCAGAUAAAAAUUAUACAUUUGGGGGAGGGGGGAGGGUGGUUGGUGUUAUAUUAUAUGACUAAAAAGAAAAAAGAAAUAAUACUUAAAAUUACAUAAUGGAGUGGGAUCUUAAGAGUGAGAGAGGCUGUGACAUUUUGCAGGAUUAGCUUUCUUUGUGUCUUAAAAUUGAGUUUUGUAUUCUCUCGGAAUUGAUACAAGAAUUCUAAUAUCCACGUUUGCAUGGAAGAAACGAGAUCAUUAAUUAUAA